UCACUUGCGUGUGUGUGUGCUAUGUGUAAGUGUGUCGUGCUUGUGUUUAGUGGAAGAUAAAUAAAAUAGAAAACAAUAUCGAGUGCAUUAGAGAACCUUACAUAGCGAAUCACAGGAUAGCUACUUCUCCCGAGUGCUCCCGGAAGUAGAUGCAGGAAACAUCAUCUGCCAGUACAUCAGAAGCUACAGCCGGAGAAGAAGAUACGGACAGGGCGCCAGAAUGUCACGCAAUAAAGACAAGUAUGAAAGCAACAACCCCCGGCGACAGCAAACAUUUCUGACCGCCGAGGACAUUGCCGCCGGAAAGAAGACGUGCUGGCAUGGCAUCGAGAUAACGGGAAGCGUGCGCAACCUCAGCCCCACGCUUUGGAAGUUUGACCAUCUAACUGCACUCUUCCUCAACGAUAACUCUUUGCCGCGCUUGCCGCACCAGGUCGGCCAGCUGGUCAACCUCCGGACGCUCGAUCUGUCCGCGAACAAGCUACGCAGCCUACCGGCCGAGCUAGGCGAACUCAUACAGCUAAGGGAGCUCCUGUUAAAUAACAACUAUCUUCGAGUGCUACCGUAUGAGCUUGGAAAGCUCUUUAAUCUGCAUGUACUCGGGUUGCAUGGAAACCCACUCAACAAAGAAGUGCUCUCGCUGUACAACGAACCGAACGGGACGUCCAAGCUGCUAACAUACAUGUUGGAUAAUCUGUCAGUUUCGGUAACCCCACCGCCACAGCGUCCCUGGAUUCCGCUAGCCCGGCCAAAUCGCACACGUGGUGCAUGUAUAUUCACGGUCAUGUGCUAUAACGUGUUGUGUGAUAAGUACGCGACGCGGCAGAUGUACGGCUACUGUCCUAGCUGGGCAUUAAGUUGGGAGUACAGAAAAAAGGCUAUUCUUGACGAAAUACGGCACUAUGCGGCGGAUAUCAUCAGCCUGCAAGAGGUGGAAACCGAUCAGUUUUUCAACUUCUUUAAACCGGAACUGAAGAACGAUGGAUAUGAGGGCAUAUUUUCACCAAAAUCACGCGCCAAAACGAUGUCGGAAGCGGACCGAAAGUACGUCGAUGGUUGUGCGAUAUUCUUCCGCUCUUCGAAGUUUUCGCUGAUUAAGGAGCAUCUGGUUGAGUUCAAUCAGCUGGCGAUGGCGAAUGCUGAAGGGUCCGAUAACAUGCUCAACCGCGUCAUGCCCAAGGACAACAUCGGGCUGGCUGCGCUGCUAAAGGUGAAGGAGGGCGCUUGGGAAAGCGUCACGCCCGAAGCCGCUCAGAUAUCGCAGCCGAUCCUCGUGUGCACCGCGCACAUCCACUGGGAUCCGGAAUUUUGCGACGUGAAGCUCAUCCAAACGAUGAUGCUGAGCAACGAGCUGAAGACAAUACUGGACGAGGCCGGACUGAGCUUCCGACCGGGACACAAGUUCGAUGUAAAUAACGUGCAACUGGUACUGUGUGGUGACUUCAACUCGCUGCCAGAUUCGGGUGUGAUUGAAUUUCUAAGUGCCGGACGUGUAUCAAUGGACCAUCAAGAUUUCAAGGAGCUGGGCUACAAAUCCUGCCUGCAGCGUAUAUCAAAUUGUGAUACACCAAAUGAAUUUACUCAUUCCUUUAAGCUAGCGUCAGCGUACAGUGAAGAUAUAAUGCCAUAUACAAAUUAUACAUUCGAAUUUAAAGGUAUUAUCGAUUACAUAUUCUACUCGAAGCAGGGCAUGGUGCCGCUGGGCCUGCUCGGGCCGAUUUCGUCCGAAUGGCUGCGGGAAAACAAGGUGGUCGGUUGUCCACAUCCGCACAUACCGUCUGACCACUUCCCGCUGUUAGUCGAGCUCGAACUGAUCCACAUGCCAUCAGGCGCCCAGCCACCGAACGGACUAAUCGGUCGGAGGUAG